AUGGAUAGGAAUUGCAGUGAAAAUGGCAAAAGCAUCAAAUUGUUUGGUUUUGAGAUCACUACAACAACAACGAGUUCUGCGGCUGAACUAACAUCUGAAAAAGAUUUCAUGGGAAGGAAAAUCAAGAAAGGAAAUCGAUGGACAGAGGAUGAACAGAGAGCAUUCUUGAAAGGAUUGAAUUUUCAUGGAAAAGGAAAUUGGAGUAACAUUGCUAAGGAUUUCGUGCCUAGUAGAACGUCGACACAGGUUGCUAGUCAUGCUCAAAAGUACUUCGUGAGAUUAUUGGAUGCUAAAUCCAAUUCCAAUCAGAGAAAAAAACGCAAGAAAUCAAGUGUUUUUGAUCUUCGUAUUGAAAAAACAGAGCAUCUUGAAAAAACAGAGGAUACACAUAAUCAAGAAACUCAUAAUGUGAAAAGUGUUCCAACAGCAAUGCCUCUUACUUGGGUUUACAUGUAUCCGUAUAAUGAUCAUUAUGCCUCUAUGUCAAUCAGUACUACUACAUUCGACAAGCCAUUUUCUGGGAUUUCUUCUUCUUCUUCUUCUUCUUCUUCGGAUAAUAAUUUGGAGUUGAAGUUAUAG